UCGGUGGUUAUGAUUAAGUAAUAUCGUUUGCCAAUUUCGAUAUAAAAAACCGGGUCCGCUUAUCGUACCCCACCCUCAAUUAGAAAUCCUUAAACUAUCCAAUGCAAAUAAAUUUUAAUCAUAGUUAUUUACAAUUAUUUAUUGCCAGCUCUUUAAUGUAUCAAAUAAAAAUAAAUUUUAAAUCAAACAAAGUAAAAUCGUUUGUAUGGCAGCAUUAUUUGUAUCAAAGCUGAUUUUACUUUAUCCUUCAAAAUAAUAAAAAGUUAAUUAAUUUUACACUUUUUGGGUAAAGUACGAUAAGCGGACCCAGUUUUUAUAACUAAAUUAUCAAUCGAUAUUUAAUUAAUAUACCUAUCGAUAUAAUCAACCAGUAGUUAUUAAUUUGAACAGUAACUAAAUCGUCGUUAUUAUUCCUUUAUUAUUUAUGACAUUACGCAAUUGUUUAAACUAUUUCUAUUAAUUUGAAACGUUUGACUUUAUUUUCGUAUUUUAUAUAUGUUGAUAUCAAUUGACAGUUCUGUUAUUUGAUAUAAAGUAUCGGUGAUUUUAAUAAGUGAUAUAAAACCGGGUCCGCUUAUCGUACUCUUUCCCACUUUUUUGUUUGUUUCAUAUUGUAAAUAGCCUACACAUAGCCUAGGACUAGAGGUAGUUUUUUCUAUCAGUAAAAUUUGAAAAUUUCAGGUAUAAAAGUAGCUGAACUAUUCUGUAAUUUGAAAUACCUAUAAUGUCUUUUGGUUUGAUAUUGUGGUUUCAAUAGUUUAUAUAAUCAUGAAUAUCAAUCAGUCCGAUUGUGAUGGAGACUGCCUAUUAUACUGCAGUCUGGUGGUUGAUUUGGACAGAUAGGUUGGCUCUUCGGUAGGCUUUUUUGCUGGUAAUAUUUUUUAAUUUAGUAAAGCCAAUGGUAAAUAACAAUAACAAAAAAAAUUAAUUGGGGUUCCUCUGGACAAUACAUAGCAUGUAAAUCAGCUAAAAUAGGCUAGAUAAAAAAAUGUUUUGGAAAUGCUGAAAGAAAAACAAGUAAGUUAUUACUUGAAUGGUAACCUAGCACCUUUGGUGCACCUAAUGGCAAGGAACAUACUUUAAAAAAAAACAAAGUGGGGAUCAGAAAUCUACAACUAGGCUAAUUAUAUGUGACAUAAUUUGCCUUACAUUUAUUAUAAAAAUUAAUUGAGGAGCAUAUUGGGAUCCAGUACUUUUCUUCCAAUUGUUGAGGCACUUUCAUUGAAGCAAUCAGUUGUAUGGUAGAAACUAUUACGCAAUUAGACAUGGAAGUCAUUAUCUUGUGAGUAGUAGCCUGACUUAAAGAUCCGGAAGGAGAAGCUUAACGUGAAGUUCAGGAAGUAGCACCUCAGUUAAAUACAUUAAUCAGUAAUUAAGCAUUAUAAUCAGACCAUGCUAAUAGGGAUCAAACAGAGAUAGCUUACUUCAGAAGUUGAUGUACAAAGGACGACAAGAGUGUUUAAUAAAACAGCAGGGCUCAUUAAGUUGACUUUGCGAUGAAUCCCAACAUCCUGUGUGCUUGUCUGCAUAAAUUAUAAACAUGCUCAUGAAGGAGGGAUUGGCACAAAAGGAGUAAUUGAGUUUAAAAUUAUAUAAAUGGAAUUUACUAGUAACACCAAGAUGUUGCAAGAAAUAAUUAAAUAUUUGGAUUUUACCAGUCAGUUACAUGAUCUCUUGGGAUUGAUACAGAGUUAUAAACAGAAAUUAAAUUCUGAACAAGACAAUUUCUUUCCAUUACUAUACCAUUGUAUUGAAGUUGACUUUCCUCUUUUAAUUGAUAUUGCAGGUAAUGCUGCAAACUUCCUGCUCGUGGAGCCAGAUCUGGGGCAGCAGCUCUUCCAACAAGUAAUAGACUUGGCUAUUAAAACUGAAGAUCCCCGACUCAGCCAGAUGGUUAAUCAAAUUCAGUUAACACUUCGGAUUUCACUACCUCUAAUGCCAUCCAUUCUAUCUUUUGAUAGUCAAAGUAGUUUUGCCAACAAAAGUGGAUUAUCUGUGAUAAAAGGAAUUGUCAUGGCACGAACAAUAAUCAGUAAAUAUUGUAAAAGUGCUGUGUUCCGGUGCCCAACGGAGGGCUGCUGUGGUCACAAGGGUCAUCGAGUGUUUGAUAGCCAUUCCGCAGCCAGUAUUUGCAGCUACUGUGGCUGCACAAAUGAGGAAUUUUUGCGUGCUCGCAUUAAUGGAGAUCAAGCUUUGGCUGUUUUUGUCAACCCGAGUGGUUUUCAACAAAAUAACUUUCUCAGACACCAGGGAAUAACUGUUAGUUUUAAAGAUGAGUUGACAAGAGACUUAGAGCUGGGUGUGUGUUACAAUGUGGUAGUCAGCUUCAAGCCUCAUCACAUGGUGGCAUGGGGCAUUGAACGUACAAUCUCUGAGCACCAGUGGCGAUUUACCAAUGGUCUGCCAACUGUAGCAAUCCCACUAGCAAUUUUACAGCACUUACAAAAGACAGAUUUAGACUCUCCAUGGAACCUAACAGCAACCUUAUCCUCUCAGCUUGCCUCUCACAUCUAUCCUCUUAAUUCCUUCUUCCAGUUGAAAAUUGGACUCUUGUUAAGUCUGGCAUCUCAGGAUUUGGACAAGAUGCCAGUGCAUCUACUAGCUGUGGGGCCUGACUGCUGCCAGCUACUGCAGAGUGUCAGUCAACUGUCUCGGCGCCAUGUAGGGGUCACCAGCCCCACCCUGAGCGGUGCCAUGGGGGGUUCUAUGGGAGCCGUGUGGAUGGAGGCCGGCCCUCUGUUGUUGGCCUCUGGUGGUGUCUGCUACAUUGGGGAUUGGGCCAAGUUUGGCUCUGGCCGCUCCAGUGUCGCCUCACAAAUUGUCACAGCUAUAGAGAGCGGACAGGUGGAUUUGGUGGAUUCUAGCAACACUGUCCUUGGGUCUCCAGCCAGUCUACCACUGCGUGCGGCAGUCUGGACGUUCUGGUCUGGGGACAAGGCAACAUCAGCUGCUCAAACUCAGCUUCGCACCCUUAUUGAAAUAUUUGGGAUGCCUUUCAUUGGUGAUGGAAGUGGAGAUAUUGAAGCUGUAGCUCAACAUCUUUUGUUGGAGGCCAUGCAGUCUGACGUGAAGCCACCGUCUUGCAUGAUAUCUCCAGAGGAUCUGAAACAGUACCUGGAUAUUGUAUGCUCAUUCAAAGUCCAGUUGACACCAGAAGCCAGCAAGUUAUUGAGAAACUACUUUGUUGCCAGUCGAAGGGAGCGCCCGGACUGCUUACCUUUAACAGCAAUCAAGACUAUGACAUCACUGGCAGAAGCUCAUGCCCGAUUAUGUCUGAGGACUCAUGUCAUCUCUGAAGAUGUGAUCCUGGUGAUCUGUCUCUAUGAGGAAGCUAUAACUGCUCUGUAUGGUCCUUCACUCAUGUCUCCACCUCCAACUGUGUUUGCAAGUCUCAGUGCUGAGAACGGAACAUGCAUUGGCCAGCAGGUGGAUUUAAAGCUGAAAAACUUCUCAAUGUGGCUGCAACAAUAUAUCAAAUCUCUUCUAAGUGAGAGUUCAGUAAACCUCUCUGUGUGUGAGGAGUGAAAUUUACUUUAAGAACGUUAUAAUUUUUUCUUCUAUCCUUAUGUUAUAGUUUUCAUUAUUUAGCAAUUACAUUUUAACUAUAAGCUGUAUUUUAUUGUAUAGUUAAGAGUAAAAUUAAAAUUAAUGAACUUAUUAUAUGAACAGCUUCAGAUAUAGUUAUGAACCAUUUAAAAUGUAAUGAUACAGGAAGGUGUGAAAUGUUACCAUAAUGGGAAUAAAAUCAUUGUGUCUUCUUAAA